AUAUGUCCGUAAUCCCAGCACUCAGUAUGCAGGAGAUAGGAGAUUAGGGCGUGGCAAAAACUGGCUGGGGACCUACAAGGAGCAGCUCUACGCCUCUAACAAGGACUCAUUAUGAGAAAGUUCCGGAAAGUACCAUGCUGUUCUUGCAUAAUACACAACCCGGAAAACUAUCUUCCCUCUCUCCUGGACUUCCGCGGAGAAUAUCCACAUUUCCACCCCUGUGCCUGGUAGAAUUCUGAUUCAUCAUGGAUAAUCUGUCACAGGAAGACAUUCAGCUGAGGGCUAACCAGCUCACUGACGAGUCUCUGGAGAGUACAAGGAAAAUCCUGGGCUUAGCCAUUGAGUCUCAGGAUGCUGGAAUCAAAACCAUCACCAUGCUGGAUGAACAAGGGGAACAACUAAACCGCAUAGAAGAAGGCAUGGAUCAGAUAAAUAAAGACAUGAGAGAGACAGAGAAGACUUUAACAGAACUCAACAAGUGCUGUGGCCUUUGUGUCUGUCCAUGCAACAGGACGAAGAAUUUUGAGUCUGGUAAGGCCUAUAAGGCAACGUGGGGAGAUGGCGGAGGCAGCUCACCUAGCGACGUGGUAUCGAAGCAACCAGCCCGAGUCACAAAUGGCCAGCCUCAGCAGCCAGCCAGCGGUGCAGCCAGCGGUAGAUACAUUAAACGCAUAACUAAUGACGCCAGAGAAGAUGAGAUGGAAGAAAACCUGACUCAAGUGGGCAAUAUCCUGGGAAAUCUAAAGAACAUGGCCUUGGACAUGGGGAAUGAAAUCGAAGCUCAAAAUCGACAAAUAGACCGGAUCACAGAAAAGGCUGACACCAACAAAGAUCGUAUUGACAUUGCCAAUACCAGAGCAAAGAAACUCAUUGACAGCUAAAGCUCCUGCUGUAUUGUGUCACCAUUUAUUCACUUCUCUAGCUGCUCCUCCUACACCGCCGUUGCCUUUUCAGAGCUGGAAAUUUUGAUCUCACACUGUGCUAAUCGGGAGAUAAUGUAGAAGAGGGGCCAGUGUAGUAAUAGCCUCCCUACUUUAUUUUCUGUUUCUCUUGAGGGUAGACUACUGCCGGCCUUCACUAUUCUCUAUUCAUACUCUUAGACUGGUUUUCAUACAUCAUGUCUAGCAAGAACGGAGGAGUAUCACCUCUUUACCUCAGCACGUCCUUUCGCUUUCAAGAUUUGGAAGCACUGGGGCCAGGGAUUUAGCUCAGUGGUUCCGCCGCCUGCCUCACAAGCGCAGUGAACCCGCAUUCGAUCCCCGUACCCCGCCCCCCAAAAAAAGAUUUGGAAGCACUGCCAAAGACAGCCGUAAAGAAGGCAGCUGUGGUAGUAUGUUUUGUUUUCGUUGUUGGCCUUGGUUUGUAGUAGGUAAAAGAGAGAAGAGGUUUUUACCAUAGUAAAAUUAUUCAUGCGGGCCACAAAAGACAAAGUUGCAUAGCUACAAUAAAGAUCUAGUCAUGUUUAGUUUUUUAUUUAAGUUGCAGUUUUUGCCAAUGUAGGAUAAUGCUUGGGUUUGGAACUUUUAUGCACAGUAUCUUUAUCCUACAUCACCUUUUUUUUUUUGUGAGACAGGAUCUCACUAUGUAGUUGAGACUGACCUGGAACUCACUAUGU